CGCACUAACCAGGCUGGAGCUGGCCGCGCUGCUGUGUGAACGCGCACGUCGCCUUCUGCUUAACGGACCCAGUGAGGAGAACUCCGACCGGCGCUUCGAGACCCAGUAUAAGGAGGGGGAGGCUGCGGACCCCCGCGGGGCAUGACGGGAAACACGGCGCCGGGCCGCAGCGAUAUGAAGAGAAGGAGAAGCCGCAGCUGAGCCGAUAUCCUCCUCCUCCCGCUCCCCCAGCCGGCCCGCGCACACCGCAAAGCCCCAGCCUCCGGCCUACCCCGAGCCGGCCUCGCUCGCCAGGAAAGCCCGCGGCUGCGGCCCAGUCAGUGGAGGUCGGAGAGCGAUGCCGGCCCCGGCGCUAUGAGCCCGCUCACCAUGGAGACACACAUCUCCUGCCUGUUCCCCGAGCUGCUCGCCAUGAUCUUCUCCUACCUGGACGUGCGGGACAAGGGGCGGGCGGCCCAGGUGUGCGGGGCCUGGCGGGACGCGGCCUACCACAAGUCGGUGUGGCGGGGGACCGAGGCCAAGCUGCACCUCCGCCGGGCCAACCCGUCCCUGUUCCCCAGCCUGCAGGCCCGGGGCAUCCGCCGCGUCCAGAUCCUCAGCCUCCGCCGCAGCCUGAGCUACGUGAUCCAGGGCAUGCCGAACAUCGAGAGCCUCAACCUGAGCGGCUGCUACAACCUCACCGACAACGGCCUGGGCCAUGCCUUCGUGCAGGAGAUCAACUCGCUGCGCGCCCUCAACCUGAGCCUGUGCAAGCAGAUCACGGACAGCAGCCUGGGCCGCAUCGCGCAGUAUCUCAAGGGGCUGGAGGUGCUGGAGCUGGGCGGCUGCAGCAACAUCACCAACACCGGCCUGCUGCUCAUCGCCUGGGGGCUGCACGGCCUCAAGAGCCUCAACCUGCGCAGCUGCAGACACGUGUCGGACGUGGGCAUCGGCCACCUGGCCGGCAUGACCCGCAGCGCGGCGGAGGGCUGCCUGAGCCUGGAGCAGCUCAUCCUGCAGGACUGCCAGAAGCUCACCGACCUGGCCCUCAAGCACAUCUCCCGGGGGCUGCAGGGACUCAAGGUGCUCAACCUCAGCUUCUGCGGGGGGAUCUCGGACGCCGGGCUGCUCCACCUAUCCCACAUGGCCGGGCUGCGGAGCCUCAACCUGCGGAGCUGCGACAACAUCAGCGACACCGGCAUCAUGCACCUGGCCAUGGGGAGCCUGCGGCUGUCGGGGCUGGACGUGUCUUUCUGCGACAAGGUUGGGGAUCAGAGCCUGGCUUACAUCGCGCAGGGCCUGUACGGCCUCAAGUCCCUGUCACUGUGCUCCUGUCACAUCAGCGACGACGGAAUCAACAGGAUGGUGCGGCAAAUGCACGGCUUGAGGACCCUGAAUAUUGGACAGUGUGUCAGGAUCACAGACAAGGGGCUGGAACUCAUAGCUGAGCACCUCAGUCAGUUGACAGGAAUAGACUUGUAUGGCUGCACCAGGAUCACCAAAAGAGGACUUGAAAGAAUCACACAGUUGCCCUGUCUUAAAGUGCUCAAUCUGGGACUUUGGCAAAUGACCGAGGGGGAAAAAGUCAGGUGAGGGCCACCCAAUUGCCCUCCCUCCCCAGUGACAUUAAGACGUGACUGCUGCAUUAUACUGCCCGAGGGGGCCACAGGAGUACUUCUAUUGACAGGCUAGGGGUUCUGUUGUAGUGACCACCUCUCCUGCCAAUUUAAGUUUUCAGUUUCUAAUCGCUGGGGGCUCCCCCUUUCCACAAUGGUCCCAUGCACAGGGUACUGUCAUGCACAUGGAGUGCUCAAAAUCUGGCACUGAAAGGGUUAGCUAUCCCUCUGAGCAGCCUAUCAUCUUCAUUGCUCUCUGGCACAGCAUGCAGUUUUCCAUACAGCUGAUUAGUGUCCUCUAAUUUUGCUGGGCCUUUUUCAUAGAGGGAGUUGGCGUUUUUUUUUUUGUUGUUUUUUUUUUUUUAAAUACAUGUGCUGUCUAGUUUUGCCCUGUCAUAUCCUGGCUGCCCCUAUUCUCCAGCAAUGUAAGGGUUAUUGGGAGCUGCACCCUAUACAUUUUUUUUUUU